AUGGAGGAAACCAGGAAGCUGAAACAACAAAGGGCAAAAGAGGCUAUAAAGAACAAGAGGGCGAAGGCCCAGCUAGCAAAAGAUAACCAAGCUUUACGCGAUGAACACGAGAAAAAGUUGAUCUUGUUGCGCCAGCACGCUGAUGAAGAAAUUCAAAGGUUGAAGAGCAGUGUAGUUGAUGCAGAGGCAGGCCCCAGUGCCGCAGGUGCUCUAGAGUUCCCAGAGGAUCCAAUUGACGAAAUUAACUCCCAGACCCCACCUGUUCGGCUGUCUCAAGAGGAAAUGGAACAAAGUUCACAGGAUUUCAACCAGUUCCAGAGGAUGAUCUACAAGCACAUUGGCCAGAGGUUGAAGAAGAGGCCAAAGAAGUACAUAUCACCCUUCAAACUGCCAGGGUGUCGCACGAAUGUUCCAUUGACUAAGGCACUUGCAUUGCGGAACAAGAUUGCUGCUGAUCCAGCGUUGAAAGAGAAAGUUUUGAUUGACUUCAGCAUUUUUUGCUCUUUUGAUGGGAAUGAUCUACCGACCAGUUUUGUUGAUGACAAAGAUGGAGACUCUUCCGUACUUGACUUUAUUGUGCAUUGCCUUCGCUACGAUGACAUUGUCCACAAGGAAGACUCGGUGGGAUACAAGGUGUUUUUGACAACCGGGUUCUUUGCAAUGUCUGUUCAGAGCAUCUACAUGGACGAUGGAGUAACCGAGACCGACGAUUUCAAGACGUUGUGGCAGUGCCUGGAAUUAGAAAUUGAGCAUUAUGAGGACAUAUUGAAGGCAAAGCUGGUAUUCAUGCCUGCAUGCUCAGAGAAACACUACUUUGUGUACUGCAUCAAUCUCAUACACAAUUGUAUUGAUAUUAUGGACUCAAUUGACUACGUUUGGGGCAACACCUCUCCUAAAACUCGCCACCGUCCGGUCUACAACAAGAUACCAAUCAUAAGUGUUGCAUUCCAGAGGGUCACCAAUAACAAAUUCCCUUGUUUUGAGCGCUGGAGCAUGCUGAUGAUUGAUCUGCACAAGCAAGCUGGCCCCUGCGAUUGCAUGUUCUUCCUUUGGAAAUACAUGGAAUAUUGGGAUGGCGAGCAUCUCAACAUUGACAUCAAUCCGUUCAAGGGGAUGAUAUACAGGGUUGAGCUGAUGCACUAUAGCAUUUUCCACCCCCUGAACCAAGCCAACCUGCCCGAUGAACUGGAUGUCUACAGGCUUGGCGGGAGGAAGAUUGACUAG